GGUCUUUAGACUCUUAAGAUUUUUUUUAAGACCAAUGAAAUAAAGAACACAUGAAUUUUCUCUUAUUUGUCUGCAAGACCUUGUUAUUACCUCUCUUCCAUAUUGUAAUGAACAUGAAGAAUAUUACAGUAGUUUCUGUCGAGAUUUCUUGCUGCAAAUGCAAAAAGAAAGUUAUGAAAAUUGCUGCAGGUAUACCAGGAGUAGAGUCUAUUGCAGUCGAUGUAUCCAAAAACACUCUUACUGUGAUUGGAGAAGUGGAUCCUGUAGAGCUUGCUAAAAAAAUAAGGAAGUUCAAGAAAAGGGCAAACAUUAUAAGCGUUGGGCCUCCUGAGAAGAAAAAAGAUGGAGAAAAGAAAAAUGGUGGAGAGAAGAAGGUGCCUGAAAAUCUUCCUAAAUCCUGCCCAACAUGUGGUGUUUGGUAUAUUUAUGAUGCAUAUGCAUUUGAUCAUAAUACAUGCUCUAUAAUGUAA